CAGACGCCACAAAACCAGUUCUCUCCGCACAGGCAAUCCUUAGACAGCUCCACGGGGUCCGUUCGGAACAGGAGACGGAAAUUGGCUUUUUUCCUACUUCCUGUCAGGGAUGCGCCUGUGCUGCAGAGGCAUGUGGGAAGGUGUCGUGGAUGUACCAUUAUGGGAACACCACAAAAAGAUGUCAUAAUAAAAAAUGAUGCUCCAACAACAUUAUUGUUAGAGAAACAUGCAGACUACAUAGCUGCUUAUGGAACGAAGAAAGAUGACUAUGAAUACUGUAUGUCAGAAUAUUUAAGAAUGAGUGGUGUCUAUUGGGGAUUGACAGUAAUGGAUCUCAUGGGGCAGCUGCAUCGGAUGAACAAAGAAGAAAUUCUGGAAUUUAUCAAAUCAUGCCAACAUGAAUGUGGUGGGAUAAGUGCCAGCAUAGGUCAUGAUCCUCAUCUUUUAUAUACAUUAAGUGCUGUCCAGAUUCUAACCCUGUAUGACAGUCUUGAAGUUGUUGAUGUAAAUAAGAUUGUCAGUUAUGUAAAAAACUUACAGAAGGAAGAUGGAUCAUUUGCUGGAGACAGUUGGGGAGAAAUAGAUACAAGGUUUUCAUUUUGUGCAGUAGCAACCUUAGCCCUUCUGGGGAAGCUGGAUGCAAUUGAUAUGGACAAAGCAGUAGAUUUUGUGUUAUCUUGUAUGAAUUUUGAUGGAGGAUUUGGUUGUAGACCAGGAUCUGAAUCUCAUGCAGGACAGAUCUAUUGUUGCACAGGAUUUCUGGCUAUAGCUGGCCAGUUACACCAAAUAAAUGCUGAUCUUCUAGGAUGGUGGCUUUGUGAACGUCAGUUGCCAUCUGGUGGCCUUAAUGGAAGACCGGAAAAGUUACCAGAUGUAUGUUAUUCAUGGUGGGUGCUUGCAUCCCUGAAGAUAAUUGGCAGGUUGCAUUGGAUUGACAGAGAGAAAUUAUGCAGUUUUAUCUUGGCCUGCCAGGAUGAGGAAACUGGAGGAUUUGCUGAUAGACCGGGAGAUAUGGUGGAUCCAUUUCACACCUUGUUUGGAAUUGCUGGACUAUCAUUAUUGGGUGAAGAACAAAUUAAGCCUGUAAAUCCUGUGUUUUGUAUGCCCGAAGAGAUCCUUCAAAGAAUAAAUGUACAGCCAGAACUUAUAAGCUAGGGUUCAAUACGUGUAAAAUACCUUACUCAGCAGCUUUGAAUUUUUCCAUCAAGACAUUUCUAAACGUGUUUACAUUAUAAAUUGCCACUUUACUGUAAGCACUAUCAUUUUGUAUGUGUACUGUAAACAAAGUAAAUAAACUGAGUGUAACAUGUACUUCAGGUUUUCAGUAACAGAUGUAGGUAUGUAUUUAUGUAUCUUUGCCUCCAGUGCUGUUUCACUUUCAAAAUAACAUAUUAUAUUAGGUGCAGUAGAUAAAUACUUGAAUUACAGUUACGAUACAAUCAUUCACUCAUCUUGGUGACAGGCAACAUGUAUUGGAUAGUAAAUUGUCCUGGGCACUUUUUGCUGAUAGAAAUUUACUUGUUUAUUUUGCCAGUGACACUUCAUGCACUUGAAUGCUGUUUCAGGAUAUGCGAUUAUUUUUAAAAUCCAGUUUAACUUAUUUGUCAUACUAUAUAAUAGUAGAAAUAUAAUGGUAUCCAAACAAUUACUCUCUAUUGACAUUCUGUAAUGAAAUCUAAUAAUGCAAUUAUAAUGUAACUUGGUUUGAACUAAUGGCCUUGCUGAAUUUUAGAACUUGUUCUUUGCUCUAAAAUAUUUAUUGUACAAUGUGGAUUGAAUCCCAAUUUCAGUAGACUUAGAAUAGUUGUAUAUAUUCAAGAAUAAAGUUCUAUAACAUUGUUUUCUGCAAGAGGAAAUACUUGUUUCCACUAGAAUUCUAGAAGUGCCUCCAUUUCACAUGUCACAACUACAUUUGUAAGUUGGCUGAAAUCUAAGUAUGAAAUGGGUUUCUGCUUUAAACAGAUUAAAGUUAAUUAUGAACUAUA